UGUGUUUUAUGGGGCAACAGGGUGGUGGUCCCUGACAAGCUCAGGAACAGAGUUCUAGAAUCUCUGCACGAGGGGCACCCUGGAAUGGUGCACACCAAAGCGUUGGCCAGGGGGUAUGUCUGGUGGCCUGGGCUGGAUAAAGAGAUUGAGGAUUGGGUUCGCGUGUGUUCCCAGUGUCAGCAAGUCAGGCCGGAACCCCCACAAGCUCCGCCUCAGAGGUGGGAGUCUUCAGGGAAACCCUGGGCCAGAUUGCAUCUGGAUUUCGCUGGCCCGUUCCAGGGGAACAUGUUUCUCAUAGUAGUGGAUGCAAUGUCUAAAUGGUUAGAGGUUGUGCGCAUGAAAACAACCACUUCACUAGCCGUGAUCCAUGCGCUCCGCCAUCUUUUCGCCACGCACGGGUUGCCUGACGUCCUCGUCAGUGACAACGGGCCUCAAUUUGUCUCUGAGGAGUUUAAGCAGUUCCUCACGAGGGGUGCUUUCCUCUUGCGGCAGCAUACCACCCCUUGCAGUUCUACAGGCCGUAGUCCGGCCGAAUUGUUAAUGGGACGCAGACUCACAACCUGCUUAAACAGGUUACAUCCGGAUCUAACUGACGAUCACUCCGAGCGUACAGAACCGCAACCGAAGGUGCGCAUGUUUGAAAAAGGAGACAAGGUUUUCGCCCGAAAUUAUGCU